AUUUGACACAUAUCAUAUGUUGAUAUUUAUCAAGUUUAUAUAGAUAGAUGUGUAGUUCUUUGUUAGAUUUAGUGCAAAAAUGAGUGAAAGUUUACGACUUUUUCUCAUACUUAUGUGGAAGAAUUGGAGACAAAUUCGAUACUCAUGGAUAUCUUUAUUGUUAAUAUUCUUCGGCUGUUCAGGCAUAUUCGUUAUUUACUUAUUUUCAACAAACGGACUACUGACUACGCCUCAAACGACUUAUGAGGGGAGAUUAUUUCUCGAUAUUAAGAAUGAAUUUCCCUCCAAUGAUGUGGAUCGAAUAUUUUAUGCCCCAAAUAAUAUGCGAACAGAUAUGUUGAUGGAAAAAGUACGUCAGGAACUACAAUUUCCACAUACUGGCCUCAGAUAUUUUGUCAACUCAUCUGAAAUGAUUCGUGAAAUGGAACGCAGCUGUAAAGGGAACUGUUAUGCUGUAAAUUUCUUAAAUUAUCCGAUCGAUCCAUUACGCGAGAAAUUGAAUUAUUCCAUAAGUGCGACAAGUAUUAGAAUAUCACCUAAGAAGCGUUAUGUUAAUGACGAAGAGGUAGCUGGAAUAAAAGAUGAUGAUGACUACAUACGAUCUGGUUUCAUGACCCUACAACACACAAUCGAUAGAACGUUCAUUACACUUCAAGAUAGUCUGAAAGCAGUUAAUUUUGACUUUGAAAUCGUGUCAAUGCCUACGAUUGCGCAAGAAACAAUCAACUCACAGCGUAUUAUUUGGUUUGGUUCCUUAUAUUCAAUUCUAUUUAAUGUUUUGCUGCUUAGCACUUUUCUUGUACCUUUAGUCGAGGAAAAACAAAAUGGAAUUAAGGAAUUUUUAGCCAUUGCAACUCCCAUGAAUUUUUUGAAUGGUGUUAGCUUUUUUGUGAUCAGAUUAUUAAUGUAUACAGUAUUUACCGCGCUGGUGCUAAUUGCUGGCGGGAUAUACCAGGCUUUUAGUUCAAUUGUGCCGGUCGGAUACAUGAUUAUACUGUUUGUGCUUUACAUACUUUCUGCUAUGUCUUACACAUAUCUCAUAUCCGUAUUUUUCCACUCAGUUUUCCACGCCAAAGUUGGUGGACUUUUAAUGUUGAUUACGCCAUACAUUCUAUAUUUCUCAAAAGGAGAAGUCUCAAUAUUAGCCAACAUAUUUAGUACGAAAACAUUCAUGGAGGGAAUAAAAAAUUUUCAAAUAUUCACCAAUAAGUAUCGCGAAGUUGGUCCCAGUGUACUUAACAUAAACAUCACAGAAUCUUCAUUUACAGUGAUAUCAGUUUAUAGCAUUUUGAUAGCCCAGUGCUUAAUAUAUGCAUUACUAUAUAAUUACUUGGCAUAUAUAUGUCCUGGUCCAGGAAGUUUACAAAGACCAUACCUCCUUCCCAUCAUGUCAUUAUGGAGGAGAAAUAAACCAAGCACAGAGUAUACAACCAGCAAAAUUGGAACAGAUGCCAUUAUCAUUCAAGACCUUCAUAAAUCAUUUAAAAAGCCUAAGCGUAUCAUUUCUGAUGGCCUUAAUAUGGCAAUUAAAAAUAAGCAAAUUACUGUACUUCUUGGACAUAACGGAGUAGGCAAAACCACGACACUGAAUAUGAUUAUGGGAUCCGAACUUCAAGAUUCGGGAAAAAUAACGGUUUGUGGAGAGAAUGAGGUUGGCUCAUAUCGUCAUCUAAUUGGAUAUUGCCCACAGCAUAGCGUUUUCAUGCCGUAUAUGACUUGCGCCGAACAUUUGAAUUUUUUCGCACAGGUUAGAGGCAUGUCAAAACAGGAUGCCGCUACAAUUACAGAUGAGUUACUAAUUAAACUCAAGUUACAAGACAAGGAAAAUGAGUUCGGAAACUGUCUAUCUGGUGGCAUGAAACGAAGGUUGUCCCUGGGGAUUGCAAUUGCGGGUAAUACAAAGGUUGUAAUUUUAGAUGAGCCGUCUUCUGGAUUAGAUAUUGAGUCACGCCGCGAGUUAUGGGAUAUACUGCUUAAUUUGAGGAAAUUAAAAGCCGUUUUAAUCACUACGCAUCACAUGGAAGAAGCAGAAGUGUUAGGUGACACAAUUGCCAUAUUAGCUAACGGUCGUGUUCAUUGCUCUGGCUCACCUUUGGAACUUAAGCGCAAAAUUGGCCAAGGAUACGUCCUAAAAUUGUGCAUAAGUAGAGAUCAAAUUAAGGACGAAAUUCUAGAAAUAAUUCAGAAAAAUAUGCCUGCCGCAAAAAUAUUGACUGUAGUGCCGCCUGCAAUUCACAUUAGUUUACCAUACGAAAACCAGAGUGAAUACAGCAAAGUACUACAAGAAUUAGAGCGUAGGCAGAGGGAGUUGGGUAUUAACUCAAUUUCUAUAUCAGAUGCUUCGCUGGAGGAUGUUUUCCUAAAUUGUUUAUCUGAAAUUGACGUUGUGGAUGGCAUGAGUUUGGACAAAGAAACGCCUGAGUAUUCGCCUUUUGUGACAUCAGAAUCACAAUUAAGCUGGAAAGAACAAUCAAAAGCAAUUUUUUAUAAAAAAAUUAUAUUUAUUAAAAAUCAAUGGGUUAACACUUUGCUAAUGGUUUUACUUCCGAUACUAAGUCUUGCAAUUGCUCUGGCAUUAAUGCAUUCCACGUCGCUGGUCACUAACGAAGACAGGUUUGUUUUGAAUCUGAAUCAUAUUCAGCGCGGUAUUGUACUAGUCGAUGGUUCCAAUACCGAAGUUCUUAAUAUGUUAACAACAGAAAUUGAGAAAUAUGAUGGCAUACGAGUGGAGCAUUUCGGAAACAGAAAGAGAGCAAAUAUUACUGAUUUUUUGAUAAAUCUUCAAUAUGAAAAUCUGGCAUACUUUUUGGAAAACUAUAUCGGUGUUAUUGAUUUAACCACAGAAGAAAAUGGCAAUAUUAAGUUCAAUUUAUAUUUCUCUGGCAACAUAUAUCACAGUUCGGUUAUUUUGCUGAAUUUAGUUGAUGACACCAUUGCUCGGUGGAAAAUUGGCGAAUCUGGUGGCAUUGAAACCACUUAUGUUCCCAUCAGAAGAUACAUCACGGAUGUUAGUCCAACACGAUUAGAAUACUUUGCAGUCAUAAUGCCAAUUGGAUUGUUUUUCAGCAUAUUUUUUUAUAUUGCUUUGCCUUUUCACGAAAAUGCAAGUGGAUUCAAGCAGUUACAAGCCAUACCUCGAUCAAUUUUCUGGCUUUCGACUUUUGCUUUUGAUGUUGCGCAGCAUUUCGCUGUCUGUAUACUUUUGUCCAUCGUACAAUUUCUACUGAUGCCAAGCGAAUUUUAUAAUUUAUCUGAACAACUGCUUAUUAUUGGGUCGAUUUUCUUCUAUGGCUGCAGUUACCUUCCAAUUAUAUACAGUUUAGCAAAUGCUUUCCGCUCGAUAUCGACAAUUUCAACGUAUAUGCUUUUUAUGCUCAUUAUAUCAGCAAUUGCACCGCUAAUAACAUCUGGAAACGUCGGUCAAAUGGAGUAUCACGAAGGGAAAAUAUUUGUACUGUUACAGUUGCCGGAUUUUAAUUUAAAUCAUCAGUUGCGCAUUAUCAAUGAAAGGUUUUUACUUACUAGGCGAAAUGAGCUUAUAACCACAACCGGAUUACCGAAAGUGCUUGGUGUGAAUAAUUUCUUUUUUGAAGCAAUUGUGAUUGCAGUUAUUGUGAUGGUGAUUUUUGUCAAUGUUUUAGAGAACAAAUAUAAAUGUGAGCAGAUUAAACGUGUCUUCAAUUGCUAUCAAUGCCGGCAGGUUACUGUCAAUAGCUCCGACAAUGUUGAUAUUGAGGAGGAAUUAGUGGCAAAUGAAAAUACAGCAAUUACUGACAUUUUGAACGAGAAAAAUGAAAGAAAUUAUCCAUUGUUGGUUUAUGAUUUAUAUAAGUUUUACAACCGUAAAGUCGCGGUCCGUGGUUUAAACUUUAUUGUAAAAAAACAGGAAUGUUUCGGUUUACUUGGUGUCAAUGGUGCAGGAAAAACAUCCACUUUCCAAAUGAUUGCUGCAAAUUUAACCAUUACUGGAGGCACAAUUAAAAUUGAUGGUUUUGAUAUUAUGGAAAAUGAGUCUGAAUAUCGAUACCGAUUUGGUUAUUGUCCACAAACCGACUGUUUAAAUGGUUUUAUGACUGCAUAUCAAACAUUAUUCUAUAUGGCAAUGUUGCGAGGCAUUUCGGAUUCCGACAAAGCAAAUCAUGAAGUCUUAUAUUGGCUGGAACAAUUAGAUCUUCGAACAUACAAAGACGUUAAAGUUUGUCAUUAUUCUGGUGGAACAAAGCGUAAAUUAAAUGCGGCAAUGGCCAUGAUCGGCAGUCCUUCUCUUGUUUUGUUGGAUGAACCAACGACAGGGGUCGAUCCAGAGUCUCGUCGAUUUUUGUGGAAAUGCAUAAAGGAUUAUCAAAGUCGCGGCAACACUGUUGUACUUACCUCCCACAGCAUGGAUGAAUGCGAACAGUUGUGCAAUAGACUGGCGAUAAUGGCUGGUGGAAACUUCAAAUGUUCAGGAUUUGUGCCAGACUUAAAAAAGCGAUUUGGUAGUGGAUUUACAAUGAAAGUGAAAUUAAAGUCUGAUGAAACCAAUGUGGUUGAAGCUGUAACAGCCGAGUUGUAUGGAAUAUUUUCUGAAAUUCAGUUGCGAGAGAAUCACGCCGGGAUUGUUACGUAUUUCAUUAAUAACGUAGAUGGUUUGAAAUGGUCUGAUAUUUUCAAAAAAACUGAAGCCUUCUGUCGUGAAAGGGCAGACCUUGUAUCGGAUUAUUCUUUAAAUGAGACAACGCUUGAAGACAUAUUCCUAAAAUUCGAAAGCAACAGAAAAACGAGUAUACCUCAAUUAAGCGUAUAAUAUGAUAUUACAUCCAAAUUUUUUUCAACCACACAAUAGUGUGUAAAAAAAUUGUGUAUUGGGUGUAAGCGUCAAUAACCAAUCUUAUUCCAUUGUGAUCAUGUAUGCAUGCAUUGAAGUGUAGAGCAAGGCGUAGAGAGUACUAAAGGGCAUUGCCUAUUCGAAUUGUUUUUAGCUACAAAUUUAAAAUAAAGAAAAGUAUAAAUUAUACUUUCGAAUCAAUAAUAUCGAACAAAAAUAGUACAAUGAAGAACUUGUAAUCAUUGGCAUGAAAUACUUUAGUGAAAAUCUUUGAACUAUAUUAUAGUUUGAUGUUUUGCUUCUUGCUCUACUCUACACUUAACUUUAACGAUUAGACAUACUACUAAAAUUUCAAGAAGCAUUUAUACUUUCAUACAUACAUGAGCAAACAUAUUUAAUUUAUUUAUAUACUUAAACAUACAUACACAUACACUUAACCUAACAUGUUUUUCCAUUACUAACAUUUCAUAUUUCACAUUCUGGGCUGAGCCAUGGAUGAAUACAUAAUAAUUCAUAAAAACAUGAAUGUAUGCGAGUGUGUUCAUUUAAGGAGAUAUAAUAUUAAUAUUCUAGUAUACCUGUAUUCGGGUAUAAUUAUUCAUUAAUUUAUGCAAAAAUAUAGUUAUACGAAUAUUUACAUAUUUAAAUUAUUAACCUAUGCGACAAAAUCAACUUUUUUUCUGAGUAUGGAAACAAACCAUUUUUUGGGAGAUUGCAUCAUAAGUAAACAAGUAAUUUUUCUGUUAGCCCCCAAAAUCGAAAUAUUUGCCUUCGAAUUGAACUUAUUGGAAACACUAUUAUUAAUUAUAGUAAUUAUGGUAACAAAACCGUGGACAUAAUCAACACUUUCUUCUUAUUUCAAUGCUUGCUUAUGCGAGGUGUCAAAGAUAUAACUUUUACAAAAUUAAACAUUUCUGGCCCGAUUUGAAGUGCGUGCACUUAAUUCAAAAAUAAUUGAUUGACUUCGUGACAAAUUUGAAAGAUAAUUUGUUAUCUUAUUUUGAGGUUAUCUUAUUUUUACAUUUUUUUAUUCAUAUGCAUAUUUAUCCCAUUAAAGAAUAUUACUUUUUUCAUUUAAGUGUUUUUCCCCAAAGAUAUAUACAGAAUUUACAUAUAUAAAUAGACAUAUCAGGAGAAAGGUCACUUAAUCAUAUUCACAACAAUACAAAUUUUCAAAAAUUGGGUCAAUAUUUUUUAUUUUCUUUUUGUUUUUAAACAUCUUACGUGUAUGUUUGAAUUUGAAAAAAUUCGAUGCAAGUUUUUCAUAAUCCAAUUUUCGAAGGUAAAUAUUUUAAUUUUGAAAGCGAACUUCAAAAAAGAAGCAAUUACUUUUUUGCUUAUGACUCAAUUUCUCGAAAAAAAAUAUUGUUUAGUCCUACCCAGCUGAAUGUUUUACAAUGUUAUUAUUGAAGGCAAUGUUUUAACUAUUUAAAGAAUUCAUAGAAAUAAUAAAAGACAACUCUUAUACCA